AUGCAGAGGACACACACAUCGAUUUUCCCUUCAGCAGCAGAUAAAACCGCUCCUCGUGUGGCAUUAUGUCGACAGCUAGAAGAAAAUUGGAAUCGAAUUCAAGUUGGUCGCCAGGGAUCGUACUCUAUUGAACGUCUCGUGAGUCUGGAUCAGUACUGCAACACAACAUCGUGGACUCGGGUGAUUUUGGUCUGCGUAUCCACUCCAAUACCUUCUCUCUUGGUUGCUGUUUUACUUGAAUGUUUCCCAUUACGGCCACCAUCCGAGGGGUGGGUAGCAAACUGGGUGUUCUGGCUUCGGAUGUCAUUGACAAGCGUUCUGCUCGCCUUCGGUGGGUACUCUCAACUGGCAGCAUUUGUUCCGGAUUUGCACUUUACGCUUUGCAAGCAAAUUAUCGCAAGUACAGGAUUGGCUGUUGGGCUGAUCGGAACAAGUAUUCUUGCAGCGAAGAUUAUCGGGUUUCCAGUGCCACUUUUGAUGCAAUUUGGUGCCAUUCCAACCGGAUUUUUCGCAGUACUAUUACUGCGACUUGUCGGUGGAUCUGACGCGUUUGCGAGUGGCUCUCCUAUCGUGGCUCAGAUGAAGAGAUUCCAACGGUAUUUUCUUGCGUUAAUUAGUCUCACCGGGUUCUAUCCUCUCUUCAAAGUGCUGUACGACAGCGUUCCUCUAGCAUAUCGAGGUGGAGUGAUUCUCGUUUUACCAGUCUGGAGAUUUGCAGCAAAGCACUUUAUCGUCUACGUUUCUCGUGACCUGGAAGACAUUAUACCAGAAUCUGUGGCGUUUCUGGUUGAUUUUUUCAGCUCGCUCUUCGUAUCAGUGUGUAUGUCAUCCUCAGGACCAUUCUACUUGUCUUUCCUGUUUAUUGCAGCAGAUCUAAGCCAAAUAUUAUUGGAGCUUCGUGAAUUGAGUGGCAAUGCGAAGGUGGUGUUGCAGCUCAUCGGGCCACAGCUACAGGAUCCUAUUCAUCCGCGAAGCUCCACACCAGAGCCGACAACAUUGCUGACGAGAAUCCUCGGAGCGACUAAGGAACCUAGAGCGUCUCGAGCGGAGUCGAUGGGACCUGUGCGUGUAUGGGCCUGUCUACCUCAUUCUCUUACAAGCAAACAGGUUGAACAGCUCGCUCAUCUGGAAGAAUCAGGUGUGUACUAUCAGCGGAACCCAUCUUCUAACAACCAUAUGAAACAAUCUCUGCUGCAGACUCAAAAUGGAUUUAAACAAAGGACUUCUAUCGUACCGACUUCAACCCUCAAACAUGAAAUAGCCUCCCCUACAACUCAAGAUCCAAUCAAUGCAAAGAACAAACAGUCAACACGUCCAAACGGCUCCGGUUCGGGGUUAAAGAAGUCUAAGCUGUUGGUCUUACAGGGUUUGCAGCUGCUCUUUCACUGUGAAUAUCUCCAAUUGGUUGAGUAUGUUGAAUGCAUCACCCCAAUAGUUUACGUGGUGUACAAAUCGAUUCUGGAGCAGUUGCCGAAUAUUGUCUACUAUCCUGGUGGUGCGGGUAAUUGGAGUUUAGCAACGGUGGUGAAUAUUCUGGUUUUAGCAAUGAUGGAAGUCGGCUCUCUCGUUUUGCUGCAUCAUUUUUUGCAGCGAAAGUUUGCAAUUUCUGCAAUGCACCAGCUUGCGUUCGUAUUAGAAACCCACGCCUAUCUGAUCCAGGUGAAGCUUCUCAUCGGGAUCCUUGUUCUCAUUCCGUUUGAACUAGAGCAUUUAGGCGCCGACUUUAGCCUUCGCUUCGAAUGGCUCGACAGUAAAUAA